UACACGGAGACGAUAAUGGCAUCGAUUUCAAAAACUAGCACCUUGAAACCCGUUUUCAAAAAUUUGCGUUUUUAGGCCCCAAAACGCCGUUGUCGUGUAAACGAACAGCCAAAACGCAUAAAAAGUUUUCCGUUUUUAGUUGAAAACGUUGUUGUGUAAACGGCCCCGAUUCCUCCGCCUCCCGGAUUGAGGCGCGUCACUACGCCACCACGAGGAUUUAGAGCGCAUCGGGAACUGGGCAUUCCACAUUGGGGUGGGGGAGUGUUUGUGUUAUAUUUCAAAUAAUUGCCACUUGGUUUGACAUUUUGUUACUAAUGCAGUGGCAUUCAUACCGUUUUAAGUGUGUCUAAAAUGUGGUAAUACUUCUGGGGGAGUCACUGUAUUUUGACGUAUUUUAAAUGGUAGCCAAAUCUUUGUAUCGUUAGUAUCACUCUCAUAAAAAAGCGAGCAAGCAACACAAUUUUCUUCUACGUUUCACUGAAUAUUAGUAUGACCUGACUUUUAUUUUGAAUUUCUUUACUUGACUUUUAAAUCCUGCUCCGGAUGUUGUAUUAAACAAUAGCACGCUGAUGUUGCCGACUUCACAGUUCUUCACUGUCUCGCGUGAACGCCCUUGUCUGUUGUCUGACUGUCUCAACACAACAAGUGCAGUGAGACACGAGGCUCGUUUGAAGUGAAUCAUUUAUGGCAGUCAGACGGCUGGCAAAAUAAUUCUCAAUAUGGGGGAGGAUGGUAUUGACUACAACAUAGUAUUUCCAGAGGCACUGAUCUCAGGUGAGGUGACAGCAGCACUAGCGUGCCUUGUCUGAGAACAAACACUAAUCUCUAGUAUAUAUUUGUACGUGCAAAAUGCAUGGCAGCUUGCAAGAUGUGUUUGUAACCUUGAGACAUGUCGAGAUGUUAACUAAAUUGGUGAGCUUUAUCAGGAACUGUGCGGUUUUAAGGCUUAAAUUCGAUACUAAAUGUGUGUAUCUGUCAUGGGAUUUGUGUUGCUUGGACAUAUUGUUCGUCUCUUGACAGAAAAACAUUGGCGCGGAUCAAAGGAACCAGUGGUUAUUCUUUUAGGCUGGGCUGGCUGCAGAGACAAACAUCUGGCAAAAUACAGUUCAAUUUAUAAUGAACAGGGAUGUGUGACUGUGCGCUGCACGGCUCCAUUGAAAACAGUUUUUUUUUCAGAAUCAUUCGGAUACAAGGAACUCCGAAGCACUGCUCACAAAUUACUUGAACUUCUUUAUGACUACGAGGUUGAGAACAACCCAAUUUUUUUCCAUGUGUUCAGCAAUGGUGGCUUCAUGCUGUAUCGCUACAUGGUUGAGUUAUUGCACAGUCACAAGCAGUUUAGCACUCUGUGUGUGAUGGGCACAGUUGUGGACAGCGCCCCGGGCAGUCAAAAUGUUAUAGGUGCCCUCAGAGCUCUCAAAACCACCUUGAGGUCUAAAGUCAAUGUGCUGCUGCAGUACCUCCUCCUGGCACUGUUUGCUGUUAUGGUUGUCCUUCUCAGGAUUGUCCUGUAUCCUAUGACCAAGUACUUUCACAAGAACCACUAUGAUGCCAUGAUGGAGCAUCCAGCCCCUUGGCCUCAGAUGUAUCUCUAUUCGAGAGCAGACAGGGUGAUCAGAUACAAAGAUGUGGAGAAGAUGGUUAAGGUGUUGCAGAAGAAAGGGCUGAUGGUUGAAAGCUUUGAUUUCAUCACCCCUGCCCAUGUGAGUCUUUACAGAGACUGCCCAGAGGACUAUUCCAACAGGUGCAGGACAUUUCUAACCCGCUGCAUGAACACUUCAGAGGAGACAUUGACGACAAAGCGCCUCCAUGUGCACCACUGAUUAUACAGCUCUUGAUCAGCCUUUGAAAAGUAUAGGUUGUAAAUAUACACACUGUAAAUGUACGCGUGCACAAACAGUCUUAUUUGUGAAAUGAAGUAAAGCAUUGCUGUUUUAAGAAAUGUAACAAACUGAUUAAACCCUAAUUUAAGUUUCAAUGGGGUUACAUUUGUACACUAAUCUCUUCUGUAUUUGUCUUAUGCUGUGAAUUAAGUGGUAAUUUAGGGGUCAUGGAUUUGUCACAUUAUUGACAUUUGUAGACAUUGUGAAGGAGUAAAGAUGUGUAUUUAAACAUUAUGAAUGAAUAAAUUUAUGUAUUUGA